AGCUCCGCCCCUCGGGAUCCUUUAAAAGGCGGGACUUGGCGGCCAGCCACCUCCAAAGGCAAGAAGGCUGGGACUUCGGCGGCCGAAAAGGAGCCCGAGCUACAUCAGCUGCCGUAGCCGCAACCGGCGCACCCCGACCCAAGAUGAGCGGCAGAGUCGGCGACCUCAGCCCCAAGCAGAAGGAGGCUCUGGCCAAGUUUCGGGAGAAUGUCCAGGACGUGCUGCCCAGUCUGCCGAAUCCAGAUGACUAUUAUCUCCUGCGCUGGCUCCGAGCAAGAAGCUUCGACGUACAGAAGUCUGAGGCCAUGCUCCGGAAGCAUGUGGAGUUCCGGAAGCAGAAGGACAUUGAACAUAUCAUGAGCUGGCAGCCUCCAGAGGUGGUCCAGCUGUAUCUGUCAGGAGGCCUGUGUGGCUACGACAAGGAGGGCUCUCCCAUCUGGUACGAUAUCAUCGGACCUCUGGAUGCCAGGGGCCUGCUCCUCUCGGCCUCCAAACAGGACUUGCUGAAGACCAAGAUGCGGGACUGUGAGCUGCUCGUGCAGGAGUGUAACCGCCAGUCUGAAAAGAUGGGGAAGAAGGUGGAUUCCAUCACCAUGAUUUAUGACUGUGAAGGGCUCGGCCUCAAGCAUCUCUGGAAGCCUGCUGUGGAGACCUAUGGAGAGUUUCUCUGCCUGGUCGAGGAUAAUUAUCCUGAAACACUGAAGCAUCUUUUCAUUAUUAAAGCCCCCAAGCUGUUUCCUGUGGCCUUUAAUCUCGUCAAACACUUCCUGAGUGAGGACACUCGUAAGAAGAUCAUGGUCCUGGGGGCAAACUGGAAGGAGGUUUUACUGAAAUAUAUCAGCCCUGACCAGCUGCCUGUGGAGUAUGGGGGCACCAUGACUGAUCCCGAUGGAAACCCCAAGUGCAAAUCCAAGAUUAACUACGGGGGUGACAUUCCCAAGAAGUAUUAUAUGCGAGACCAGGUGAAACAGCAGUAUGAGCACAGCGUGCAGAUUUCCCGUGGCUCCUCCCAUCAAGUAGAGUAUGAGAUCCUCUUCCCUGGCUGCGUCCUCAGGUGGCAGUUCAUGUCAGAAGGCUCGGACAUUGGUUUUGGAAUUUUCCUGAAGACCAAGGUUGGGGAGCGGCAGAAAGCGGGGGAGAUGACAGAGGUGCUGCCCAACCAGAGGUAUAAUGCCCACCUGGUGCCUGAGGAUGGGACCCUCACCUGCAACAAUCCCGGCAUCUAUGUCCUGCGGUUUGACAACACCUACAGCUUCAUUCAUGCCAAGAAGGUCAAUUUCACUGUGGAGGUCCUGCUUCCAGACAAAGCUUCAGAAGAGAAGAUAAAACAACUGGGGGAAGUCACCCCAAAGUAACGCCUCCUCCCACAGAAGGCCUGGCUUCCUCAGUGUCUCCCUGUCAGUUUCUACAGCUUAUAGCAGUCAUUUUCCCAGCAUCCUGAUGCCAAAAGAAACUGGGCUAGAAGAAAGACUCAGCUGAGCCUGGGAACUAUGAUUUCAGAACUAGGAAGAGGGAGCAUAGCAGCAGUGGGUCUCCUUGCCUUUCAAGUUAGAGUCCCUAGGGGCUGGGCACUGUGAUAGGAUCUAUUUGUCCUGCAAGCUGUGCCAAUGUCACCUACCUGUGACAGCUGAGACAGGAAGAUGGUACCACAGGGUGGCAGCAGGGAAAACAUUAGAGAAGGGGAGAGAUUGAGACUUAACAUAUCAGGGAAGCCAGUGGCAGGGGAGGAAUGUGCAACCAAAUGAACAUACAAGCUUAGAUCAUAAUGAGGAGUAGCAAGGUACCCAGUUGCUAGUUAUGGUGGAGGUCAGAGGCUCUUCUAAACUUUCUAUCACUCAGGCUGGGAUCCUUUGGCUUUUCCCAGGUCUCAGGAGAUGGUCCAGGGUCAGCACUGAUCUUCCCACUCAGAGGUAGACAGGCAGGUCUUUCCCUCACCUUGAGAACUUCAGCAACUCCUGGGUACCACUGGCUGCCGCUUUAAUUACUAAUAAUUGUCAUUGAUUCAGAGCUUCCUCCAACAGUGAGCUUUGGUCUGGUACCCAGCCACUGCCCUCCAAUGAGAACAAAGCACAGGGAAAUUACCUCCAGGGAUCUCAGCUCUGGGAAAGGGACGGGAAGAGAGGCUGGGGUGGAUGUGAGUCCUGAGACUUCCACUCCCCUGUUCAGUGUCGCCAGCCUCUCAUCAAGUAACUUCAUUUGAUUAGCCACACAGAAAUGAUAAAUGGGAUCCAGACAGAACUCAGGGCAUUUGCCCGCUGAGUCUUCCACGGUGCCCGCCAACCUGCUUCCUGACUGACCCGAGCAAAGUCUGGGCAGUAUGGUGGGUGCUAUGGGUUCCUAGUGCCCGGUGGGGCCAGCAGCUGGUAGAGCCAGGGGCUGGGGGCAACCACAAAUAGCCUCGAAGGUCCCCCCCACACACACACACAGUGACAAGGAGGGAUAACCACGGGGCCGCUUGGGGACCAAGCGCUGGAGGGCACGGACCCUGCGGGCAGCCACAGCACUAAUCACAAUUCCACUUCCUGCAAACGCAAACCAGGGCCUGGGCUGCACAGGAGCUCAGGACGCGGAAAAGUGGCCCAGCCUGGGGAGCUGGUCUGGAGAAGCUGAGGGAGCAAGAGGAAGGGGCCCGAGGCUGAAUGGGCCCCAGCCAGAACCCUCAGGAGGACAUCCCGACCUUGGUUUACAAUGCUCUGUUAGGAAAAUUAACCAAUGAAUAAAGCAACGUUCAGUG